UCGAAUGCCGAUCAGACGUCUUUGAUCGUUCCUCGAGUCGUGUUCUCGGAGCAUCGUGUCGGAGGCGAGAAACUCUCACCCUGGGGAAAGAUGCCGACCGCCGUGAGCAGCUUGAAGGGUCCCCGGCCAGACAGCAUCAUUCGAGAUGUGUGUAAGGAUUUGAUCCUUACGGACGAGCAGCUCCAGCUCGUCAUGGAUAGAUUUAUUUGUGAAGUCAACAGAGGUUUAUCACGAGAGACUCAUAAUGAGGCAAUCGUCAAGUGCUAUACAACGUACGUUCAGGAUCUUCCUAUGGGCACAGAGAAGGGAAACUUUUUGGCGCUCGACUUGGGCGGCACCAACUUCCGCGUCCUACUGAUAACCUUGAACGGCCAGAAUUUCGACAUGAAGAGCAAAAUAUACGCGAUACCACAAAGUCUGAUGCUGGGUACGGGGAAGCAGCUGUUCGACCACAUCGCCCAGUGUCUCGCUCUCUUCGUCAAGGACCUCAAGCUCGAGAAGGAGGUCCUACCGCUGGGCUUUACAUUCAGCUUUCCUCUCACGCAGCAGGGCUUGACCAAGGGUCUGCUCGCCAGGUGGACCAAGGGCUUCAAUUGCAGCGGUGUCGUGAACGAGGACGUUGUCAGUCUGCUCGAGGAGGCAAUAGCAAGGAGAAACGACGUUAAGAUCGACGUGUGCGCCAUCUUAAACGACACUACUGGAACACUUAUGUCCUGUGCUUGGAAAAACAAGAACUGUCGCAUUGGCCUCAUUGUCGGAACUGGCAGCAACGCCUGCUACGUGGAAAAAACGGAGAACGUCGACUGCGCGAUACCGGGCCGCUACGACCCGGAGAAGACGCACAUGCUGAUAAACACCGAGUGGGGCGCGUUCGGCGAGUACGGCACCCUCGACUUCAUCAUCACGGAGUUCGAUCGGGACAUCGACGAGAACUCGAUAAACCCGAAGAAGCAGAUAUUCGAGAAGAUGAUUUCAGGCAUGUACAUGGGGGAGCUCGCCAGGCUGGUACUGGAGAAGCUCGCUAACAACGGUCUCCUCUUCAACGGCAAGUGCUCUUGCGAACUGCGAAAGCGGAGCAAAUUCUUCACAAAAUACGUCUCCGAAAUCGAGUCCGAACCGAAAGGAAAGUACGCGAAUUGUCGGGAGAUCCUUGCGGAGUUGGGGAUUAGGAACGCAACGGACCAGGACUGUGAGAAUGUGCGGUUCGUGUGCUCGGUGGUAUCGAGGCGGGCAGCUCACUUGGUUUCGGCUGGCCUUGCCGCGCUCCUCAUAAAGAUGGGCGAGAACAACGUGACUGUUGGCGUCGACGGUUCCGUCUACAGAUUCCAUCCUCACUUUCACGAUCUCAUGGUCGAGAAGAUAAGUAUGCUGCAGCAGUACAAGUUCGAUCUCAUGCUCUCCGAGGAUGGUAGCGGUCGUGGUGCGGCGUUAGUCGCCGCUGUAGCCUCACAAAACAAGUGAAGAUGGGCGGCAGGGCCGCUUAAGGCUUACUUAAAAACACGAUUUUUAAAA